AACUCGCGUACACACGCCCAAUCAACCGGAGAGUAUCGCGUUACCUUGCAGAACUCGUACUAGGGGCCCAGUACGCGCUUGACCACGCUCCCGAGAGGAUCUUCUUCGUCGCUCGAACAGACGUGCUCCCGAUCGAAAGAAGUGUUCGCGAGGCUUGAACAUGCCUAACUGCCCGAAGUGCGACAAACCGGUGUAUUUCGCCGAGAGGAAGACCUCUUUGGGGAAGGACUGGCACGGCGCCUGUUUGCGUUGCGAAAAGUGCAACAAAACUUUGACGCCGGGCAGCCAUGCGGAGCACGAGGGCAAACCGUACUGCAAUCAUCCGUGCUACUCCACCCUCUUUGGUCCUGGAGGUUUUGGACGAGGAGGUGCCGAGAGUUACGUUUACAAAAAGUGAAAAGUCAAGAUAUACAAUUACUUUUAAUAAGGUCCUGUUACCUAUGCCGUAGAACCUAUAUUUAAUGUAACUAUUAACAGAUCAUCUAAGCAUCAAUACACGAAGUACAAUUCCUUUUGUACAAAACGUUCGCAAGUUCGACGGUACGAAAUACUUAAGAUAAAUAAUUUUUUACAAGAUUGUAUACCGCCUAUUGCAACUAUUUACAAGAGUGAAAUAAAUGCUCGAUGAGAAGAAA